GCCCGCCGGGGCCGGCCCAGCCGAGCCCAGCCGAGGGGAGGGGGCUGCGGGCGCUUCCUGCCGCCGCCCCCGCCGGGGCAGAGCGGAGGCUAGCGGGGCGGGAGCUUAAGCUCAGCUCAGCUCGGCCCGGCCCGGCCCAGCCGAGCGGCGCUUCCCCGGGGCUAGCGAAACUUCCGAGGGGGUGGAGGAGGCUGCGAGACCUACACGUAUACUUUUUUUUUUUUUUUAAAUAUUUCGACACUUUCGGCGGGGACCCCGCAGCGGAGCCGCCCUCUCCGAGCCUGCAGCGGCCGGGAGGGGCCGGUGCCCGCAGCGCCGCCGGUCCCCGGGGAUGGGCUCCGGCGGGGCGCCCGCCGCCUAGCCCGGCCCGGCCCGGCCCAGUACAUCCCGCUGGGGGCAGCGGGGCCGUGCCGCCCAGCAUGGCCGCGGAGCUCAGCGCCGAGGAGGAACAGGAUCGGGGCCAGAAAUGACGAUGAGACCCGCUGGAGCGUACGUGGCGGGGCAGAGCUACGGCUGGUAUUGAUACUCAGCUCAGUAACUCCUGGCUCGCCUGCUGUUGAAUGUCAGCACUGGCAACCAAGCAGUUCCUAGAGGAGAUUAACAAGUGGACGGGCCAGUACAAUGUGUCCCCGCUCUCCUGGAAUGUGGCCGUCAAGUUCCUCAUGGCCCGCAAGUUCGAUGUCCUGCGGGCCAUCGAGCUCUUUCACUCCUACCGGGAGACACGGCUGAAGGAGGGCAUCGUGAAGCUGAAGCCGCAUGAAGAGCCGCUGCGCUCGGAGCUGCUCAGCGGCAAGUUCACCAUUCUGAGCGUGCGGGACCCCUCGGGAGCCUCCAUCGCCCUCUUCACGGCCAAGCUGCAUCACCCCAGCAAGAGUGUGCAGCACGUGGUGCUCCAGGCUCUCUUCUAUCUGCUGGACCGAGCAGUGGAGAGCUUUGAAACCCAGAGGAAUGGGCUGGUGUUCAUCUAUGAUAUGGCGGGUUCGCAGUACACCAACUUCGAGCUGGACCUCAGCAAGAAGAUCCUCAACCUCCUGAAGGGUGCCUUCCCGGCUCGGCUCAAGAAGGUUUUCAUCGUUGGAGCGCCCAUGUGGUUUCGCGUGCCCUACUCCAUCAUCAGCCUGCUGCUGAAGGAGAAGCUGCGGGAGCGGGUGCAGAUGGUGAAGAUGGCAGAGCUGAAGGAGCACCUGCCCCGGGAGUGCCUCCCUGAGUAUCUUGGGGGGUCCCUCAAACUGGACCCUCUGAGCUGGAACUGUCGGUUCCUGCCUCAGCAGAAUGGGCACCCUGACCCCCUGGAUGAGCUUAUCCUGGUGCCGCUGGUGGCCCCCAAAGAUAACGGCUCUGUCCAUGUCCCCGGGCCCAAGUCCGUCACCCUCCAGGAGCUGCUGGAUCACGUCAGCCACAAGCAGAAACGGGGCAUCUACGAAGAGUACGAAGAUAUUCGACGUAGGAGCCCGGCCGGUACCUUCGUCUGCUCUUUGGCACCCUACAACCAGGAGAAGAACCGGUACGGGGAUGUGCCCUGCCUGGACCAAACCCGUGUCAAGCUGGCGAAGCCAUACAGCCGUCCGGAGCUGACCGACUACAUCAAUGCAAGCUUCAUGGAUGGCUAUAAGCAGCGGAAUGCUUACAUCGGGACUCAGGGGCCUCUGGAAAACACCUAUGGUGACUUCUGGCGCAUGGUGUGGGAGCAAAACGUCCUGGUGAUCGUGAUGACAACCCGGCUAGAGGAGGGAGGCAGAAGAAAGUGUGGCCAGUACUGGCCCCUGGAGAAGGAUUUCCAGAUGUGCUUCGGGGCCCUGACCAUCACCAACCUGGGUGUGGAGAACCUCAACCAUUACAAGAAAACAAUCCUGGAGAUCCACAGCUCGGAGACCAGGGAGCGGCGGCUGGUGUCCCACUUCCAGUACCUGAGCUGGCCAGAUUAUGGUGUCCCCUCCUCUGCAGCCACUCUCAUCGACUUUCUGGGGGCUGUGAAGCAGCAGCAGAGGGUGGCGGUCAGCGCCCUGGGACCUCGCUUCAAGGGUCACCCCAGGGGACCCCCGGUCGUGGUGCACUGCAGUGCUGGCAUCGGCAGGACAGGUACCUUCUGCGCAUUGGACAUCUGCCUGUCCCAGCUGCAGGACGUGGGCACGCUGAACAUCUACCAGACGGUGCUACGCAUGCGGACCCAGCGCGCCUUCAGCAUCCAGACCCCUGAGCAGUAUUAUUUCUGUUACACCGCCGUCCUCGAGCACGCCCAGCGCGAGGGCCUGCUGCUCACCAACCACAGCCGGGCUGGCUCCGAGAAGAGCUCACCAGGACACUGAGACCUGCCACCUCCCCGCAGAACCCCCCGUGUCUCUUCCCAUCAUCCUGGGGCUGCCAGAGCUGCUGCCUCUGGGACUCAGCAGAGCUGUCGGGGCAGAAGCACCAGAGCGGUGGAGGUGGCUGCCUGUCCUCAACUAUUAGCGCUGCUAUCGAACUGUGCCUUAUUCAAACCAAAUGGUGGCUGCUGCUCGCCAGGGGGGCAAAGGAUGGCACAGGAAGAGGCUCUCACUCCUCACCGCGGUAUUUCUCUUGGGGGGGUUUGGUUGUCUGGGGAGGUGGUUUUUCUUCAAGGGUUGUGGUUUUUUUUUUGUUGGGACCAUCUAAAAACGUAUCUAGAGAAGGGGCUUUGCAAAGCCCUAGGAAAUGUAUUUUCAGUCCUGUCUCUGGCCUGGGGCUUAGGAAGAGGCGCCUACUUCAGUCAUACUUGCCACUAAGUCUGUGUGUCCGUAUGUAUGUGUGUAUAUAAUAUAUCCACGCUGUGCCCGAACCCAGCUGUCAUGUAGAUACAUAUGUACAAGCACCUGUGUUAGCAGCUCCUGUGGGUCCCCGCUGUCCUGCUGUCUCACUGCUGUGAUCCCUGGAGCGGUGAGUUUGGUCCUGGCUCUGUCUUGUCUUUCCUCCUUCUCCACUUUUUUUCACCCUUUCCUGCCCCCGCUGCUCCUUGUGGGCAGCAUCAGGACCUGGUACCUGCUCCCAUGCCUGUCCCAUGGGAGGCGUGGGGAUGCUCAGCAGCAUCCCCCACUUCCUUGUCUUUUCUUCCCCGUCCCCCUUUCCUGCUGGGAGAGGGCAGCUCUGCUCCUGGAAGGAGGAUCUGGAGGACUUUGGGAGGGAUGAGAAGCUGGCUGGCAUCCCCUGUCCCACUAGGUACGAGAUGAUGGGGACUGACUGGCUCUCUGGGUUGCCCAGCUUUCCCAAGCUGGCAGUGGAAACGCGCAGGCCCGGCCCUGCGGUGAGUCACGGGCUGGAAAAGCGCUGAGCAAAAAAAGCCAAAACCCUUGAGGAGUCAGGGAGCCGAGCUCUGGGGCAGCAGCACCCACCGGGCACGGCUGCCCCAGCCCCUCCAUGCUGCCCCGGGAGUGGGACCAGCAGCGCCUGGGCCCCAGUAACUUUAUACUGUAAUAAGCUCGUUGAAUGUGUAUAUUCUUAUUUUUUUAUAAUCUGGGGGGGAUGGGGUGGUGUGGUUUUUGUUUUAUUUGUUUGGGUUUUUUAUUUAACAUUGAUUUGAUCCAAGCCAGAGCCAGAAGUAUUUGUAAAUGUUCCUAUUUUGUUCUCAUCCAGAGAAACAUUUUUGUUGUCGUUAAUUUUUGGGUUUUGUUUUCAUUUGUAUCAACAUACAAAUACACUACCAGUGACCAGUC